UACGAAUUAUACAUUGCAGAUAGAAACAUGAAAGUAUUGGUGGUGAUAGCAUUAGUGUUGGCUUGCGCUUCGGCGGCUUCCAUACCCGGAACUCCUGUUUUCUUUAAAGACUUAAAAUCCGCUAAAGAUAUUGAAGGCCGUAUUACUAAUGGCUAUGAAGCUUAUUCUGGCCAAUUUCCUUAUCAAGUUGGCUUAUCACUUCAUGGAGAAUAUGGUUCAUUUUGGUGUGGUGGUUCUUUAAUCGGCAAUGAAUGGGUGUUGACUGCUGCUCAUUGUACAGAUGGUAUCAAACGUGUAACCGUAUAUUUGGGAAGCACAGUUCGUACUGUUGCCAAAGUUGCUCACACCGUUGAUCUCAACUCUAUUUAUCAACAUAACGACUAUAAUCCCAAUACUUUUAAUAAUGACAUCACUUUAAUCAGAAUUCCUGCCGUUAGCUAUACUGAUGAAAUUCAACCUGUUAAGCUACCAGCUAUUUCUGACUCAUACUCAACCUAUGCUGGUACUUAUGGCACCGCAUCCGGUUGGGGUCUCGAUAAAGAUAAUGGCUGGAUUGUAUCGUCCUUAAAUUAUGCUUUUUUGAGAAUUAUUCCUAAUGCUGAGUGUGCUCAAACUUAUGGCUCCAUGAUUACCAACACUAUACUUUGUGUUUCGACUCCUGAUGGCACUUCCACUUGCAAUGGUGAUUCUGGCGGUCCUUUAGUUUCAGAUAUUUCAAAAGAACUUAUUGGUGUAACAUCUUUUGGUUCGUUGGCUGGUUGCCAAGCCGGAUAUCCAGCUGGUUUUGCUCGUGUAACCACCUACUUGGAGUGGAUCAAAGAUCAUACUGGUAUAUCGUACUAAUAACUUUUAAUUUAUGUAAUUUAUAUAAAUUAACUAUUAAAAGAGUUUAAAAUUUUAAUAACGUAAAUAGUACAUUUGAUUAACAUUUUUCUAUUCAUAAUAGCUACUGAAUCAUAAAUAACAAUUACCUCAACAUGACUAAUAGAUUAAAUUCGUGUAGAUUUGUAAAAAUUUCAGGUUUGGAAAGUUCUAUUUGUUUCUACAGACGAAAAUAAAAGUUUCCAUCUGUGCUGGGAAAAUAGUUUGAAAACAAAA